ACUGCGGUGCUGGAAAAUGUGAAUUCUCUCAAGCCCUGUUUUUUUCUCUUGUCUCCCCUUCUCCUGUUCCAGCUCUGGUUUGCGUUUGUUAAUGGAUUUUCGGGGCAGAUUCUGUUUGAGAGAUGGUGCAUCGGGCUCUACAAUGUGAUCUUCACUGCCCUCCCUCCAUUCAUUCUGGGUAUCUUCGACCGGCCGUGCAGUCAGGAGAGCAUGCUCCGGUUCCCCCAGCUCUACAAGAUCACCCAGAACGCUGACGGGUUCAACACCAAGGUUUUCUGGGGUCACUGUAUCAACGCCCUCCUCCACUCCAUCAUCCUCUUCUGGUUUCCACUCAAAGUGCUGGAUCACGAUUCAGUGUUUCAUAACGGACAUGCUACUGACUACCUGUUUGUUGGGAACAUCGUCUAUACGUACGUUGUAGUGACAGUCUGUUUGAAAGCUGGCUUAGAAACAACCGCGUGGACAAGGUUCAGUCACAUGGCCGUGUGGGGCAGCAUGCUGAUGUGGAUGGUCUUCUUCGGAGUGUACUCUGUCAUCUGGCCUGCCAUCCCCAUCGCUCCGGACAUGCUGGGUCAGGCCGGGAUGGUGAUGAGAUGCUGGAGUUUCUGGCUGGGCCUGAUUUUGGUGCCCACUUUAUGCCUGAUCAAAGAAGUGGCCUGGAUAGCGGUCAGGCACACCUGCUGCAAGUCCCUGCUGGAGGAGGUGCAGGAGCUGGAGGCGAGGGCACAGGACCCUGGCACCGCUGUGCUCCGAGACACCAACGGGAGGAGUCUCAACGAGCACGCCCACCUGCUAGCCCGAGUCUUUAAGAAAACGCCUUCUAACCUAGCCCACUCCAGCUCAGUACAGCAAACCGUGUCUCACGGGUAUGCAUUCUCUCAAGAGGAGGACGGUGUGGUGUCUCAGUCCCAAGUUGUCCGAUCAUACGACACGACCAGACGGAGGACCGAAGUAGAAUAACAGAAGGGCAUCGCCUCUCCUUGCAGCCCAGGACCCCGCUGGCGAGUCUUGUCAUUGCGGCUCGUCAGACUGCAAACCAAGGAGAAAGAAAGAAAGAAAAAAGAACGAAAGAAAGAAAAAAUGCAAGCAAGCCACGCAUCGUCAAACAGACUGGAAAGCUGGUUUCUGUGGCCUUAGCCAGCUUGUGGAAUAUUUAUUAAAACUCCAUCACUCAGACCUCAAAGGCUUUACUGUUGUGGCCGGAUCGCUUACUGGUCCUGUUCUAUUGUCGUCUGGUGAUUUUGUUGGACCAGCGAGCCUUGCUUUUCUUUUACCUCAUUUCUCUGAUCGGAUCUGUGUGCAGUGAAGUCUGAGGCAUCACAUCCAAAGAGAGUUCUGCCAUAGAUGAGUCAUACUAAUCAACCCCCAGCACCCCUCCAAAAAUAAAUGUAGUUUCUUCACAGUGAAGGGGGGUGGGGCUGUGUUACAUACAGAGUUUUAUUAAGAAGCCAUCCUGUGCAUGCAUGUGAAACGCUUUGAAAGUUAUCCCCUUUCUUCAAGACAUUCUGGAGAUUGCUGGUUUCCCAUGUGUUUUGCCAGAGUCACUGGCCCGGUACAGUACAAUGCAUGUGAAAUGAUUUUAGCUUGGUAUGUCAGUGCUCUAGAGCCCUGACAUACCAAGGUCUCUGGGUGUCACUUUGCUGGCUAUCUGAUUUCUCUGGAGCUCUGAUGAGCAGAUUGGAGAGAAUGGAGCCCACCCUUCUCAGGCUAAGCUUGCACAGCAGACACUGGUUGAACUGGGGUGAUUUGCACUGUUUCCUCUGCUUCAGCCCGGUUCUUUGUCUGUUGUGGCUUGGUCACAAAGUGUGGGAUUUCUCACAAUUGCUGUGGAAUAUUGUUUGAGUUCAAUAAAGUUGUUGAAAAGCC